GUCCAAACUGCCAAACCGUCGUCGCAGCACGAGAAAAGACCACGUCGGCGAGCAGCGCCGCGCCAAAAAGCCUCUCUCGUCUUCCCGCGCCGUUUCCUCCUCCUCCUCCUCCUACGCUUCGACGUCGUCGCUCCACCAGCCGCCGGCGAACGCUUGGCCCGCGCGCCGCCUUCACAUCACAUGAGGCGCCGCCAUGGGAUGCAUCCUCGGUAAGCUCGCCGCCGCGCCCGGCUCCUCCCUCUUCUUCCCCGCCGCCGCCGCGGCAGGGGGAGGAACAGAAGCCGGCGAGGUGCAGCUGUCUCCCCCGAAGCCGGAGGAGAUCGCGGAGGUGAAGAAGGACGAGAGCGGGUGGCCGCUCUGGCUCUCCGCCGCCGCCGGCGACGCGCUCGCCGGCUGGGCGCCCCGCUGCGCCGACGCCUUCCACAAGCUCGAGAAGAUUGGGUCGGGGACGUACAGCAACGUGUACAAGGCGAGGGAGGCGGAGAGCGGGAGGGUGGUGGCGCUGAAGAAGGUGCGGGUGGACGGCGCCGGCGAGGCGGAGAGCGCGCGGUUCAUGGCGCGGGAGAUCGCGCUGCUCCGCCACCUCGGCGACCACCCCAACAUCGUCCGCCUCGACGGCCUCGUCACCUCCCGCCUCGCCACCGCCCCCUCCCUCUACCUCGUCUUCGACUACAUGGACCACGACCUCACCGGCCUCGCCGCCGCCGCCCUCGCCGCCGGCUCCCGCCUCUCCUUGCCCCAGGUAAAGUGCUACAUGAAACAGCUACUGACCGGGAUUGAACACUGCCACAACAAGGGUGUCCUGCACCGAGACAUCAAGAGUUCCAACCUCCUUGUCAGCAAUGAUGGAAUCCUCAAGAUAGCUGAUUUUGGACUUGCCACCUCAUUUGAUCCUGAUAAUAAGGAGCAGCCGAUGACUACCCAAGUGAUCACACUUUGGUAUCGUCCACCUGAACUCUUGUUAGGUGCUACUCAUUACGGUGUCGGUGUUGAUCUUUGGAGCGUCGGUUGCAUAUUGGCAGAAUUGCUUCUUGGUGAGCCUAUAUUCCCAGGAAGAACAGAGGUGGAGCAAUUGCACAAAAUCUUCAAGCUAUGUGGUACUCCACCAGAAGAUUACUGGGAUAAAAUGAAGUUCCCGCAUUCUUCGUUCAGGUCGUAUGAGCGAUGCAUCGCGGAGAAAUUUAAAGAUGUGCCACCGUCUGCGCUAUCACUUCUUGAGACUCUCCUAGCUAUUGACCCAGACAUGAGAGGCACAGCAACUGAUGCUCUCAGCAGUGAGUUCUUCAGGACAGAACCAUAUGCUUGUGAACCAUCAAGCCUUCCCCGGUAUCCACCAUGUAAAGAAAUAGAUGUGAAGUUGAAGUAUGAGAAGCACAAAAGGAAGUUGAGGGCUAAUGGUUCAGUAGAACGUCAGACCGCAACAAGAAAGUCCAUGUCGCAAAAUCCUGGGCGCAGAGUAUUUACUCCAGAUGUCAAUAAUAAGCCUCAAACAAAACCAAAUAUCCCAAGAUUGGUGACGAGCACAAGCACAACCAAACUCGAGAGAUUUCCCCCGCCUCACCUAGAUGCGUCAAUCGGGUUUAGUCUCGAUUCAUCGGCUGAUGCAACUGCGGAACAAUUCUUCACAUCAUCCGUUGUGGAGCUAAAGAAAAUGCCUAGCCUAAUAUUUGGCCACAUGAAGUCUUACCUAAAUAGUCCAAAGAAGAACAUGCAGAAGUCAAAGCCAAGCCUCAAGAUGCCACCUUCCACUGUUCUCAUCGGCGCUUUCAAGCCGUACUCGCUUGGCCAUCCAAUGGAGGUGAGAAGGAAGAACAGGGAUCAGUUCAGAACCAAAUCAAGAAAUGUAGUAGGUGCAGUGAAAUGACAAGCUAAUUAUAUUCAUCUCUUUUUUUCUCUCUUUUUUGCUCUUUACAUCACAGUAGAUGUUCAUUUUAAAUCUUCAAAUGAUAUGAUAGGCAAUACCUGUAUAGUUCAGAGAAUAUAUUAAAGUUGAGUUGUGAAUAA